AUGGUUAAGUUCACACUCCUCGCCUUGGCUGCCUCUCUCCUAUUCGCUGUAGGCCAAGCUGCAACUGCGGGUCCCGGUGUGCUUGACCAUGACAUGGACCCUCCCACUGAUGUCCAACAAAAUGACGGCGACGUCCACGCUCUCUUCGAUAAUCACUGCUACCCACGUCGGGAGGCCACGCCAGGAAAGGUCGGCGGCGCUGUUGAUUGCACCAACUACCUGAAGCGUCUCGGGACCAAGGAAUGCCGUGCCCGGAAGGGCGGCACCAUCAUGUGCCGCUCGGGAGGGACCAUCGUCAAGGGCUUUCCCAACAACGCUAACACGGCCAGUUCGUACUGCCGGGACGUUGCCACUGCCGUUGUCUGGGUGCUGGAUCACUGCCCGGCUUGCGGAGGCAGUGACUGCGAUGUUGCGGGCAUUGCGGCGGCGGGUGGAAAUGGAUACCUUGUCAUCAAGGUCUCGGGUAAAUAG